GCGCGGCCAGGCGCCUCCGGGGUCCCCGGCUACCGCGACCCGACUGCGGCCCCGGGCGGGAUCAGCUGCGCCGGCGGCGGGCGCGCCAUGCCCGCCGUCAAGAAGGAGCACCCGAGCCGCGAGGACCUGGCCCUGGCCCUGGCCACCUUCCAGCCGACCCUGGCCGCUCUGCCGCUGCCGCCACUGCCCGGCUACCUGGCGCCGCUGCCCGCCGCCGCAGCCCUGCCCCCUGUCGCCGCGCUGCCCGCCUCGGCCGCCGGCUACGAGGCGCUGCUGGCUCCGCCGCUGCGCCCCCCGCGCGCCCACCUGAGCCUGCACGAAGCCGGCCCGCACCUCCGCCUGCCCCGAGACCCGCUGGCCUUCGAGCGCUUCUCGGCCGCCGCCCCGGACUUCCAGCCGCUGCUGGACAACGGCGAGCCGUGCAUCGAGGUGGAGUGCGGCGCCAACCGCGCGCUGCUCUACGUGCGCAAACUGUGCCAGGGCAGCAAGGGCCCGUCCAUCCGCCACCGCGGCGAGUGGCUCACGCCCAACGAGUUCCAGUUCGUCAGCGGCCGCGAGACGGCCAAGGACUGGAAGCGCAGCAUCCGCCACAAAGGGAAAAGUCUGAAGACGCUUAUGUCCAAGGGGAUUCUGCAGGUGCACCCGCCGAUCUGCGACUGUCCGGGCUGUCGAAUAUCCUCCCCCGUGAACAGGGGCCGGCUGGCAGACAAGAGGACAGUAGCUCUGCCCCCAGCACGGCUCCUGAAGAAAGAGCGGACCGCUGGCUUCUCCGCCAGUGAUGGUGACAGUGAUGGCAGUGGCCUGGCCUGUGUGCAGCGGCUGGGCUUAAAGCACGACGACCCCCACAUCCAUGUCAUGAGGAGAAGAGUCCACACCCACUGGGACGUGAACAUCUCCUUCCGAGAGACGUCCUGCAGCCAGGACAGCAACCUUCCCACCCUCAUAUCCAGCGUCCACCGCAGUCGCCACCUCGUUAUGCCCGAGCUCCAAAGCCGCUGUGAAUUCCAGAGAGGCAGCGUGGAAAUCGGCCUGGGCCCGGCAGGUGACCUAUUGGGCAAGAGGCUGGGCCGCUCCGCCAUCAGCAGUGACUGUUCUUCUGAAAAGAAGGCCCGAAGCGAGUCCCCCCAAGAGACUCUGUUGCUGCCAGAACUGGGGCCCAGCAUGGCCCCUGAGGACCACUACCGCCGGCUCGUAUCAGUCCUGAGUGAGGCCGGCACCUUUGAAGACCCUCAGCGUCUCUACCACCUGGGCCUCCCCAGCCACGAGCUCCUGAGGGUCCGGCAGGAGGCGGCAGCUGCAGCUUUGAGGAGCCCUGGCGGCCUGGAGGUCCACCUGCCCUCGUCCGCAGCCGGUCAGCGUCGGAAGCAGGGCCUGGCUCAGCACCGGGAGGGCCCCGCUCCGGCUGCCGCCGCGUCCUUCUCGGAGAGGGAGCUGUCGCAGCCGCCCCCGCUGCUGUCGCCCCAGAAUGCCCCUCACAUCGCCCUGGGCCCUCACAUCAGGCCCCCCUUUUUGGGGGUGCCCUCGGCUCUGUGCCAGACCCCAGGCUACGGCUUCCUGCCCCCGGUCCAGGCGGAGAUGUUUGCCCGGCAGCAGGAGCUCCUGCGGAAGCAGAACCUGGCCCGGCUGGAGAUGUCGGCGGAGCUGCUGCGGCAGAAAGACUUGGAGAGCGCGCGACCGCAGCUGCUGGCGCCCGAGGCCUCCCUGCGACCCCCCGACGGCGCCGAGGAGCUUCAGCGGCGGGGGACCAUGCUGGUGCUGAAACACAGCUCGGCGCCGCUGCUGGCCCUGCCCCACCAGGGCCCCCCGGGCCCCGGACCCCCCACCCCGCCCCGGGAGCCUGCCCGCCGAGCCCCUCGGAAGGGGUGCCCCGGCUCUGCCUCAGCCCGGCCCAGUGAGUCCAAGGAAAUGAUAGGGGCUGGGUUCUGGGCACAAGACGGCUCCGAGGACGAGCCGCCCAAAGACUCCGACGGAGAGGACCCCGAGAUGGCAGCUGCUGGGGGCCGAGACCCCAUCCCGGGCCAAGCCUCAGCUGGAGCGGCCAGUGUCGAAGGGAAGAGGCUUCUCUCAGGGUCUGUGCUGCCCCCGGGCUUCCCCUACGCCGUCAGCCCCUACUUACAUACAGGCCCUCUGGGGGAGCUCUUCAUGGAUGGGGAGGAGGCCCCAGCCCCCGAGGACGUCAGCAAGUGGACAGUGGAGGAUGUCUGCAGCUUCGUGGGGGGCCUGUCUGGCUGUGGAGAGUAUGCAAGGGUCUUCAGGGAACAGGGAAUAGAUGGGGAGACCCUGCCACUGCUGACGGAGGAGCACCUGCUGACCACCAUGGGGCUGAAGCUGGGGCCUGCCCUCAAGAUCCGGGCCCAGGUGGCCAGGCGCCUGGGCCGCGUCUUCUACAUGGCCAGUUUCCCUGUGGCUCUGCCGCUACAGCCGCCAACCCUGAGGGCCCCCGAGCGGGAGCUUGCCACUGGAGACCAGCCCCUGUCCCCAGGAAUAGCCACCUCCCCCUAUGGGGGAGGACAUCCCCCUGUCGGCAGAGCCUCACCCAAGCAGGAGAAUGGGACCGUGACUCUGCUCCCAGGGGCCCCAGACCCCUCGCAGCCUCUGUGCUGAGCUGGCAGCAGCCACUCAAACCCCCAGACCAACUGCCCCGAUGCAGCGGCCCCUCCCCCAACAGCUUAGUUUUCCCUUUGGGUUUGGAUACAGAAACACAGAAUUUUAAAAAGGCAAACAUGACUUAAGAAGAAAGGAGUUUCCAAAGACUUUUGGAGGUGCCUGCAGAACCUGAUGCUGAGGCCCUGCAGACAAACCAAAGACAAGAAGGUGGGGCCUCAGGCUGGGGCUGAGGCUGGUCUGUGUAUGCUAGCAUCAUCCUGACAUGAGGUCAGCUUCCUUCCCAGUGGACAGUCUCCACUGUGCCCCACACAACCACCCCAGGGACCGGCACAGCUCUUGGUACGGUUGGUCUCAUGCUGUCAAAGUAAAGCCCCGCCCACCAUCCACAGCCCUUCCCCUGCUGUGUGGACACCAGCCCCCACAGGCCCGCAGGCCACCACCCUCAGUCCUCCUCGGAGAGCUGCAGGUCCUCCAGCUCGUCCUCUGGUCCCUGGGCCAGCCGCCACAGCUCCCCCAAGUCCAGCCCCGCCUCUGUGUCUGGGCUUCCAUCUGCAGGGAGAGACCGAGACUACAUAAAUUCUGCUUUAUCAGGAAGAAACUGGCCUUAGAGGUUACUCAUCACUAAUUAAUCAUGGCAGUAAUUAAUUUAUCGGUGCCGCUGUUGCUGGCUGCCAGUGCAGGUGGGACAGAGUAGCUGGCCUGGCAUCCCCAGGGAGGGGCCGGGGCCUGGCUUAGAGCCACCUCCUGUGGCCCUGCCUCUGGAGUCCGUGACAGCUUUGCACUCUGGCUAGAUGGGUCCAAAGGGCCAUAGCGCCUCCCUGGGAAGCCACUCACCCUCCGAGCUGCCGCUGUCCUCCUCGUCCUCGUCCACCCCAUGCCGUGCUUUCAGGGACCCAGGCAUCCCUGGGGACCAAGAGAAGAGCUCGUCUGUGUGACUCCCACCAGCAAAGGCACGGGGGGGGCAGGUAAGGUAGGAGGAUCGGCUGGGCUCACCCCUGCCUGGACACCCACCAGACGGAGAGCCACAAGGUCUGACAGGAGCAACAGAACCGCCCACACCCUUCUCUGCAUCUGCACCAGGCAGGUGGGGGCAGGGGCCCCACCGGCCUGGAGACCAUGGAUCAGCAUCCCCCAUCUCAGAAAGAAGGAAGAGCCAGUGACAAGCCCAGGAGACUGGUUUGCCCCACCCAGGCCACACGUGGGUGAGCCCAGUGGGGUGACGUGUCUAGGGGCCUUCCACGCCCACCUGCCCUGGCCCCCGGGAGCGGCAGCCGAGGCCCCAUGCAGGCCCACCUCUCUCUGAAAAGUCUGAGGCCGCCUCCUCCUCCUCCUCCUCCUCAGCACUGUCCAGGUCAAACAGGUCCUUAAAUUCUCUCCUGUCCUCCUCUUUCCUGUCUUCCACCUUCCUCCGCUUGAUCUCUGGGAAGUUCAGGUCUUCCAACUAGAAGGACCCGGAACCAGAACCGCAGGUGGGGAUGAGCGGGUCACUGAGUCUUGGGCCCAUCCCCAGCAUGUGUCUAACAGGGCAGCCAGGCCACCAUCUUCACAGACCUUGGGACCCGUCCCUUCCCCCUCAGUGUUCCCUCUUCCAGCCUUGCUCCCAGCCCAGCCCCCGUCACCAGGACCCAGCAUGGCCACUUGCUAGCCACCCUUCUGCCGCCACAUCUGCAGCCCUCACUCCCAGGACAGCCACAGACGGCUGCAGCAUGCCACUCAGCAUAAAUCUGUCCCUAGAGUCAGUCUAGACACUUCACUCCCCUGGAGCCUCCAGCCCAUCAGCCUGAGGGGGAGUGGCCAGUUCUGCAUGACUAACCAGGCUGCAGCUGGGGACAGCCCCCUACCCCUGCUGUCAUCCCUGGCACUAUUCCCAAACACACCCAUGGUCUUAAAGUCACAGCCAGCGUGCUAGGUGCGAAAUCCAGCCAAUCACACCCGCAGCCCCCAGACCCCCGGCCAUACCCGCUCUUUGCCACUGAUCUCCAGCUGGAUCUCCCGGUCCCGCAGCUUCCGCCAGUGGCUGUAGUACCUGGUGAGCGGGGUCCCCUCUUCCCGGACCUGCUUCUCCCAGGCUUCCUGAGGGGUAAGGGGAGCCUAAGCUCAUGCCCCACCCUGGGCAAACCCUGGCCACGCCGUGAUGGGUAACCUCAGCCAGCACCACCCCCAGGGGCUACACCCCAGCUCCCAACUGACCACUGCAAGCCAGUUAGACACGCCAAAGGAGACCCGCUGGCGGUGGCUGCGGGUAUGCUCUGCGUUCUCCUGAAUCUUCUCCAGCAGCUGGCGCACCUGCCGGCAGUAGUUGGCCACCUUGCACUCCCGGAGGAAGGACUUCAGCUGCAGAAGGGAGGGGCUCAGCCCACGGAGGCACAAGGCUGCUCCACACCCCACAGCUGGCCCAGAGCCCAUGGAGAGCCACACGUGGUGACCACAGGGAGGGGACAUGGUCCUGUCUGUUUCAGUGCACAUGGGGAGGGGGCGGGGCAGACUCAACCCACUCUCCAGGCCAAACCCUGCCUCUGCCCAUCUCCCUAAAUAAAGUUUUAUUGGCAGCAGCCACACUUGC